AUGCGCAGAGUCGUCGUGACUGGGCUGGGAGCUGUUACACCCCUGGGUGUUGGAGUCCAACGAACAUGGUCCCGGCUUCUCCAGGGCCACUGUGGCAUCGUCUCAACACGCCAUCUCGGGGAUGAAUUCAAGGCACUUCCAAGCCAAGUCGCCGGGCUCGUGCCUGUCUCCAAACCUGAUUCAGAGGCAGAAGAAGGGGUGUGGAGAGCGAAGGAUCAUGUCUCGUCCACGGAGCUCCGACAAACUGCCAAAUUCGCACAAUACGCUCUUGCAGCGUCGGCCGAAGCAUUGCGAGAUGCAGGCUUCACAGACGGGAAGGGCCUUGACCCGGAAAUGACGGGCGUCUGUCUCGGCUCCGGAAUCGGCAACCUGGAAGAUCUCUACAAUACCUCCCUGGCGUAUGACCAAGAGAAGAACUACCGCAAGAUCCAUCCGCUUUUCGUUCCCCGGCUGCUGAUCAAUCUCGGAGCCGGGCACAUCUCCAUGCGCUACGGCCUCAAAGGCCCGAAUCACGCCGUCACUACCGCAUGCACCACCGGUGCCCACAGUCUCGGGGACGCCUCGCGCUUCAUCAAAUCCGGGGAAGCUGACGUGAUGAUUGCUGGCGGUGCUGAAUCGUGCAUCCACCCGCUCGCGAUAGGCGGCUUUGCCCGCUCGAGGAGCCUGGUGACCAAGUUCAAUGAGGAGCCGUGGAAGAGUUCCAGGCCGUUCGAUCAAGACAGGGCAGGAUUUGUGAUUAGCGAAGGCGCGGCUUGUGUGGUGCUUGAGGAGAUGGACCAUGCCAAAUCCCGCGGCGCCACAAUCUACGCCGAACUCGUCGGCUACGGCAAUUCGGCAGACGCUCACCAUCUCACAGCGCCGCUGGAAAACGGGGCCGGGGCCCUUCUCGCCAUGCAAAAGGCUCUCAAGCAAGCUCAGAUCCCUCCCUGCAGAGUAGACUACAUUAAUGCGCACGCGACUUCCACACCGUUGGGGGACAAGGCCGAGAACCAGGCGAUCAAGUCACUCAUGCUGGGCAAAUGCGGCAGGAGAUUUGCUGAGGAAAUCAAUGUCAGCAGCACCAAGGGCGCGAUUGGGCACCUUCUAGGCGCUGCAGGAGCAAUUGAGGCUCUCUUCACUAUUAUGGCUGUAUACGAGAAUACCUUGCCGCCAACCAUCAACCUCGUCUCCAAGAGCGACGAGUUCGACUGCAACUAUAUUGCCAACACAACGCAACAGGCAGAAGUCAACGUCGCCUUGACCAACAGCUUUGGGUUUGGCGGCACAAAUGCAAGUCUCUGCUUCCAAAAAUGCAAAUGA